AUGACGGAUCAGACCACCUUCGACAGGACAGAUUUUGUGCCUAGCCAUGCUGGCGACCACAUCCUCCCUGCAGACCCAUUGUUCACCCGGCUAUUGAGCUUGGCACAUCGCCCCCAUCCUAGGCCAGCCAUACGCGACCUCAAUGCUGGUGUCGAGAAGACGGCGGCUGAACUGGUGGUCGACAUUCUCAGACUCCGACGUGUCUUGAGACGGUCACUCAAACAGCAGACGCUUGAUGACCUGCAGCGAGGGCGGGAGGUAUACAUCAGCAUUCUCGCUCCCGGUGGAUAUGAGUUUGCGGUUGGCGUCCUGGCUAUCCUGGCCUUGGGGGCGGCUGCCAGUCCGUUCAGCAGCGCUCAGCCUGUCAAGGAGGCGACGUACUACGUCAAUAAAGCCAGGUCGGUCGCGGUAGUGACGGCGACCCCUGCCCUCGCGAUGGGUGAAGCACUCACUAAGGAAAUCCAACGCACCACCAAUCCAGAAUUCGUUUUAGUUCCCAUUAAGUCAUACGAAGAAGAGCCACUGAUAGUACUCAACGACAUCAAGAUCUCCUCAAACCGGUAUCACGACCCAAAUGGGCCCGGAAUCGUCAUUUUCACGUCAGGAACAACCGGGCCCCCAAAAGGAGCCGUGCUCAAAAGAGCAGCUGUGACGGAUAGCUCGCUCUGCUUUGCACAGCAGAUCGGCAUCAAGGACACCGAUGUCCUCCUCCACUUGCUGCCUGUCCACCACGCAACGGGCAUAUGGGUCUCCUUCUUCCCCUUCAUUCAAACCGGUGCGUGCAUCGAAUUCAAGUCUGGUGGCUUCUCUCCGGAAUGGACGUGGAACCGCUGGAAGCAGGGUGGCCUUACUCAUUUCACCGGCGUGCCUACCAUCUACAUGAGAAUGAUGCGGUACUAUCUCGAGCACAUAACUAAGCUUCCUCCUCAGGAGAAGCAAGGGUAUGAGGCCGCCGCCGGUGCGUUUCAAACAUGUCUCUGUGGAACAUCUGCACUGCCGAAACCGAUCAGCGACUUCUGGACGAAAAUGAUGAAUGGCAGGCGCAUUGUGCAGCGAUAUGGCUCCACGGAACUGGGUGUGGUGUUCAAUAUGUCAGCGGACCCUGCGGUGCAAAUUCCAGAUGGCUCUGUCGGUGAAUUGACGACAGGCGUGGAUAUGAAGCUCUCAGAGGGCGACCAGGGAGAAGUGCUCGUGCGGUCUUUCAGCAUGUUCUCGAAAUAUAUCCAUGAUCCUCAGGCAACCGCCAAUGCACACGACGCGGAUGGAUAUUUUCGUUCCGGGGAUGUAGCGAGGCGAGAAGGCAAAUUCUACUUCAUUGUUGGUCGUGACUCGGUCGACAUCAUUAAGUCUGGAGGUUACAAGAUCUCCGCACUGGACAUAGAAAGAGAGCUACUGGCGCUCCCAUACCUCGGUGAAGCCAUGGUCGUGGGCGUCCCUGACGAUGAAUUCGGCCAGCGAGUCGGCGCUGUCGUCUCCCUACGGAACGAUUCAAUUGCCCAAGAAUUCUACCGCCAGAAUAAUCGGAGUACAACAUCACUGGAUCUGGAUGACCUUCGCGCGGAUGUGAGAAGUCGUCUGGCUGGCUACAAAUUACCGACAUUAUUGCGAAUCAUUACUGAGGAGUUGCCGAAGAGUGGUACGGGGAAGGUGGUGAAGAAGACACUUGGACCACACUACUUUCCUCCAAACUAUGCUGAGGACAAGGAGGUACAAGUUUGGAGCAGUAGACGAAAUGGCAAGCAGUCUAAAUUAUGA